AUGGGUGGAUCGAUGUUGUUAAUUGUCUGCUCGAGUUUGGUGCUGAUGUCAACGCUCAGGAUAGGUGGAAGAACACUUUGUUUGUUUGUUUCUUGUGCAGAAGGAGCUAGGAAGCAGAGUAUGAUUGAGUUGCUGAAGUCUAAUGGCGGUUUAUCUUAUGGUCAAAACGGAAGUCACUUUGAACCAAAGCCUGUGCCACCACCAAUACCAAAGAAAUGUGACUGGGAAAUUGAACCUGCUGAGCUUGAUUUCUCUAAUGCCGCCAUGAUUGGAAAGGGUUCCUUUGGUGAGAUUGUGAAAGCCUAUUGGAGAGGAACACCAGUAGCUGUGAAACUUAUUCUUCCGUCUCUGUCAGAUGACAGACUGGUAAUUCAGGACUUUAGGCAUGAGGUUGAUUUGCUAGUUAAGCUUCACCAUCCAAAUAUAGUGCAAUUCUUAGGAGUUGUAACCAAAAGAAAGCCCCUUAUGUUAAUCACUGAAUACUUACGCGAGGGAGAUCUUCAUCAGUACCUCAAGGAAAAGGGUGGUCUUACUCCAGCCACUGCUCUCAACUUUGCUUUGGAUAUCGCAAGAAACCAUGGCCCAGAUAAGGGUGAUGGAGACCAGUUGAAGUCACCAACGGUAGUAAUUGAUUCACAGCUGAACAAGAAAGUUGUAGCUGCCAAGCAGAGGAGUUCAGCUAAGGGCACUGAACAUGUGAUCUCACCUUCUUGGAGGACUCUGGAGAAUGUUCUUUGUAAGCAAGCGUCUAGCUUUUCUGGUAGUAAAGGAUUAAGCAAGGGACUAAGUGGAGCACAUCAGGGACCAGAUCGUGACUCAUUUCAGAACUUCCUCAUCUCUAGUUCUCAGCGUGGGGAUGAUAAGCUGAACAGAGGCAGGAAUGGUAAAGAGAUGGAUAGAAGUCCAGAGAUGAUGGGAGAACUUCAGUCUGUCGUCUUGCAGCAAAAGGUUGCGUCAAAGAGAGAGGAGAUGGAUAAACCUGACAAGGACAGAAUGGGAAGUACUGCUGUUUUGAGAUCAAAGUUGUGGGAAAUAUUGGGGAAAUCUUCGAAAGCAAAUAAUGAAGAUGUGAACUCUGAGACCCCUGAAGUGGUUAAGACCAAGUUCAUGUUACCUCAACGAUAG